UUUGUAAACAUUGUUUGCGUGGGUGUGAGUGAGUUUUAAUCGAAUUUUUAAAUUACAAUGGCCAGUGAGGCUAUUUUGAAGUAUUUAGUGGACACAAAUCGUCCUUAUUCGUGUGCAGACGUGACUGUGAACCUGCGGGGAGCCUACACGAAGACUGUCGUGCAAAAGAAUCUAGAUGCUUUGGCGGAAAGCGGUAAAAUAAAAUGCAAAUUGUACGGCAAGCAGAAAGUUUACGCGGCGAUACAACUGGACAAUCAGGAAGCCGAGAACGAUGUUGAAGACUACGACGCCCUAUUCAAAACCCUGACCGAAACCCUAGCGGAGAAGUCGAACGGUCUAAAAGCGGCCGAAACUACCCUCAAAACCCUCACAUCCGCACCCACCACUUCUUCGGCCAAAAGCCAGAUAGCCGAGGCCAGGACCCGAAUGGAGAGUAUUGAGGCCAAACUGGGUACCCUGAGGAACUCCACGGAGGUCCUAAGCGCUGAUGAAAAGGCUACUAUUAUGAACGCACAUGAUACUAUGUUGAGGGAGUACAGAAAACGCAAAAGGAUCUGCUCAGAUAUUUUGGAAGCAAUUCUAGAAGGAUACCCGAAAACCAAGAAAACUUUGCUCGAUGAACUUUGCAUAGAGACAGACGAAAUGGUCGAUUUUAAACUUAUGUCUAAUUAACUUCAUAUUUAACUGA